AUGAUCAAUUCACUUUGUGGAAGUUCAUUGUCCCUCAAGAGUGAGAAUUCAUGCAACAAAAUCCAACCCACCACUUCUUCGAUCGAGCCGGGUUUGCAGUCUAUGAAAAAUGCCACCCAGUCUUCUGAUCAUUUAGAGCAAACUAGUCUAACCCCAUCAAGUUUAAACCUUCCUGCAUUCAAAUUUGACCUGGACGGAGAUAUGGAAGUCCAGUCACCGGAUAGUUCCAUGUGGGAGUCUUUCUUCGCCGAUCACUUAGACGCCGAUUUCAUGAUGUGUUCGCCGGUGAGGAACAUGCCUUCCCCACAAGCUUCUACCUACAACUGCAACUACAACUAUGCUCAGGCAAUGCAGGGACAGAGUCUUUCAGGCUGUUCGCCUCCUCGCUUCUCAUCGCAAAUCGGAGCAUUUACCAGCACCCACAAAGGCAAGGGACUGAGUCCCCUCCAUAAGGUAUAUAACUCUCCAAACAACAACCAGCACAUGCAGCCUGUGGAGAACCUUUCGCUUCCCGUCAUGGAUGAAUUCUUGGGGGACUAUCAAGGAGAUCAUGGAGUCGCAGGAGGAUAUUCAUCCACUAAACUGUCUGACAUUAUUGGAAGUUCUUCAUCAGACUGCUUCGACAUUUCAACUUCAAUCCCCUCCAUUUUGGACAGCUUGACGAUGGCCAGUUCUUCAAGAUACUGUGGCUCAGUGAACGAAGAAUCUUCAGUGCCGAACGGCUCUCACCUCUCCCAAGAGAGUGACGUAUAUCAUCAGAUUAGUGCAUCUCUUUCGCAAGCUCUGCAGCAAGAACGACAGCAAGAGAAACAGCAAAAGCAGCAAUCGGAACAACAGCAAUCACACCAACAACAGCCACAUAGCUUGAUGGUGCCUAUUCCUAUUGGGAACGAGCAGGAACAAGACAGUGGACUACAACUGGUGCACCUGUUAUUAGCUUGUGCUGAAGCAGUGGCCAAAGAAGAUUACAUGUUGGCGAGAAGGUAUUUGCACCAUUUGAAUCGUGUCGUAACGCCGCCUUUUGGUGACUCCAUGCAACGAGUAGCGUCCUGUUUCGCCGAAGCCUUAAGCUCAAGACUCGCAGCCACUGUCACCUCCAAACCUAUCAUGAACUCCUCUUACCCUAAGCCAUCCUUCUGUGGUUACCCACCAAACUCCACAGAAAUCCUCAAAAUAUACCAAAUCGUCUACCAAGCUUGCCCUUACAUCAAAUUCGCCCACUUCACAGCAAACCAGGCAAUCUUCGAAGCAUUCGAAGCCGAAGAACGUGUGCAUGUCAUCGAUCUAGACAUUCUCCAAGGUUACCAGUGGCCGGCGUUCAUGCAAGCCCUGGCAGCCCGACCCGGAGGGGCCCCAUUUCUGCGAAUAACUGGUAUCGGGCCGAGCAUCGAGUCUGUGAGGGAAACGGGUCGGCGCUUGACGCAGCUAGCCCACAAUCUCAGUAUCCCCUUCGAAUUCCACCCCGUGGGCGAGCAACUAGAAGAUCUCAAGCCCCACAUGUUGAAUCGUCGCGUCGGAGAGGCACUGGCGGUGAACUCCGUAAAUCGGCUUCACCGGGUCCCCGGCAACUGCCUGGGAAAUUUACUAGCAAUGAUAAGGGACCAGGCCCCCAACAUCGUGACCCUUGUGGAGCAAGAAGCGAGCCAUAAUGGACCGUACUUUCUGGGCAGAUUUCUGGAGGCACUGCACUAUUACUCAGCGAUAUUUGAUUCGUUGGACGCGACGUUUCCGCCGGAGUCGGCGCAGAGGGCGAAAGUGGAGCAAUAUAUAUUUGCGCCGGAGAUAAGGAACAUAGUGGCGUGUGAAGGGGCGGAGAGGAUCGAGAGGCACGAGAGGUUGGAGAAAUGGAGGAAGAUAAUGGAAGGGAAAGGGUUCAAGGGGGUGCCACUGAGCCCAAACGCGGUGACUCAGUCGAAGAUAUUGCUGGGAUUGUAUUCGUGCGAUGGGUAUAGGUUGACGGAGGACAAAGGUUGCUUGCUGUUAGGAUGGCAAGACCGAGCCCUAAUGGCUGCGUCUGCAUGGCGAUGCUGA